AUGAAGUUCUUUCAGAAUCUCGUGCCCUUGGUUGCAAGUGCAGUUUCCCUUUUCUCACUGGAUGUGCAAGCCCGUUCCCAGGCGCCUCGUGCCAUCCGACAUGUUACCAACAUCAACCAUGCGGUGAUCAACACGCCUUCCCACCAGAUCGACCAUCUAUCCCACUUCGACCUCACAUUCACCCUGCACCGUGGAACCCAACGCGUAAAACUAGAACUAGAACCGAACCACGACAUCCUGGCCGACGACGCAUAUGUACAGUAUAUUGAUGUUGAUGGAAACAUUAAACAGGAAGAGGCCAUUAAACGACACGAACAUAAGGUCUACAAGGGCGAUGCUUUUGUUGGAAGGGAUAACAACAGAUGGAAUCCCGUAGGAUUCGCAAGAAUAUACAUGAAACAAGAUGGGCCGCAGCCGUUAUUUGAGGGUGUUUUCAGCGUCAAUGGAGACCACCACCACAUUGAGCUGCAAUCUACCUACCUCGAGACCAAACGUGAAGAUGAUGUCGAUAUCAAACGCAGCAAAGACGACUACAUGGUCGUUUAUCGUGACUCUGACAUGGUUCGAUAUGUACACUCCGAGUUGAAGCGUUCUCUGGACACUUCUUCGUCGUGCGAGGCCGACAAGCUCGGCUUCAAUACUGACCCCCUACACCCGAUCCACCAGUCGAAUUCCAAGCGCGACACGAGCCAGUGGGGUUCCAUGUCUCUGAAUUCGAUGUUUGGCAUGAGCAAGCGGCAAUCGGACAUUAGCGGGUCCUCUGGCAACUCUGGUGGAGUCAAUCUGAAAUCUACGAUCGGGGAUACGUCUGGCUGCCCGGACACGAAGAAGGUCGCGUUGAUUGGUAUUGCGACAGACUGUACACUGACCAAUUCCUUCAAAUCGAACCAAACGGCCCGUGAAUGGAUCAUCAACACCGUGAACAGUGCAUCCAACGUCUACGAAAAGUCUUUUAACAUUAGUAUUGGUUUACGGAACCUGACUGUAAGUGACGGUAAUUGUCCUGAUAGUGCUUCGACCGCGGCGCCGUGGAACAUCGCGUGUGAUAGCGGAAACAUCACUUCCCGACUGGACUCUUUCUCAAAGUGGCGUGGAUCGCAAUCGGACAACAACGCCUACUGGACUCUCAUGAGCGGUUGCCCCACGGGUGCAGAGGUUGGUCUGUCAUGGCUGGGCCAGCUGUGCAACUCUGAAGUUGCUAGCCAAGGCUCUGAAUCGGUCAGCGGGACCAACGUUGUUGUUCGCACUUCGGGUGCUGGGUGGCAGGUAUUCGCUCAUGAAUCUGGUCACACAUUUGGAGCGGUGCAUGAUUGCGACCAGGACACUUGCAACCAGGGCCUGGAUGCCUCGUCGCAGUGCUGCCCCUACUCUAGUUCCAAGUGCGAUGCCGACUCUCAGUAUAUUAUGAAUCCAAGCACAAGGGAUGACAUUUCUAAAUUCUCUGCCUGCACAAUCGGUAACAUUUGCUCGGGCUUGGGUCGCAACAAUGUCAAGUCAUCUUGCCUUUCAGACAACAAGGGUGUCACUACCAUCACUGGCAGUCAAUGUGGCAAUGGAAUUGUUGAGGAUGGUGAAGACUGCGACUGUGGUGGUGAGGAUUCCUGCGGUAGCAACAGCUGCUGUGACGCCAAAACAUGCAAGUUCAAGGAUGGGGCAGUUUGUGACGACGCCAAUGAUAGUUGCUGCUCCAAAUGCCAGUAUUCCUCUGCGGACACGGUUUGUCGGGCCAGCCGCGGCGAAUGCGACCUGGAAGAAAAGUGUAGCGGUGACUCAAGCUCAUGUCCCUCCGACAAGUACAAGGACGAUGGAACCAGUUGCGGCGACUCUUCUGGUCUCACCUGUGCCAGUGGCCAAUGUACCAGCCGUGAUUACCAGUGUCGGACUCUCAUGGGAAGUCUUCUCAAUACCAACGACACAUACGCAUGCGAUAGCUCCUCGUGCACUCUGACAUGUGCCUCGUCCAACAUGCAGUCCAAUGCCUGCGCGGCCCUGAACCAGAACUUCCUCGACGGAACCCCCUGCGGUGGCGGAGGUAAAUGCGACAACGGACAAUGCAAGGGUUCUUCAGUUGGUGGGGAGAUUCGCUCCUGGAUCGAUGACCACAAGAACGUCGUUAUUGCUGUCGCAUGCGCCGUGGGAGGACUAAUCCUCAUCAUGUUGACAUCGUGCCUGAUUAACCGCUGUCGCCGUCGUCCUGCCGUCAAGCCCCCGCCGCCUGUCAGAUAUGCCAACGGCUGGGUAGGCCCUAUGCCACCACCACAGCGCGGUCCGAUGGGCCAGUGGAACGGUGCACCCAAUGGAGGAUAUCGCGGACUGGGCACUGAACCGCCACCGCCGUAUCCAGGUCCAGCACGGUAUGCUUGA